UUAAUAUUUGUUGGACUCGUUGAAGCAUCAUUGAAAAUUAUGUUUUACUUGUUAGGAUGUACAUUCUACGAUAAUUGAAAUUAAUUAUUAAAAUAAUUAUUUUGUAUUUUUCAAGGAAUUUUAAAAUAUUAAGUCACAUGCAAAAUGUGUUUAUAAUAAUUCUUAAUUUUAAUAAAAUUAUUUUUUAGUUAAUAUAUUGCUGUUUUAAAUUAAAUUUUGGUUACAAGCUCGGUUAAAAUGUCAUGGAAUAAUUCAUGGACGACUUGGAUUUCUAAUCAUAGUUCAAAAUAUUUGUUAAUUUUAGGAGGCAGAAUAUUUUUACAUUAUAUCAAUGAUGAUGAAAAUUGUGUACAAUGUAUUAUUGUAUUAUUUGUUUGAAAACUUGCUUGAAUUCUGGAUAUGUAAUUGUCCAUAAUCCUAUAUAUGACUGAAGAAUUUUUACCAGAGGGCAGAAAAUUUCCAAAUACUUGACUUGAUUAUUAUAUUUUAAAGAUAAUAAGAUUCAUUUGAAGUGGAACAAUCGUAUUAAACAUUACAAGAACCUCAAACAUAAAAAGGUGAUAGAUCGUCCCAAUCGUGUAAUUUUUUUGAAUAUUAGCAAACUGGAAAUUAAAAUGACAACACAUGUUCUCUACUCAAUAUUUUGUAGAUUUGGACAAGUUUAUAGAAUUGUUAUAUUCCACAAGUUUGGAGAACUAAAAGCUUUUGUUGAAUUUGCUAAAGAAGAUUACUCAAUAGAAGCUAAUAAUAUGGCUUCAGGAUUUUACUAUGGAUGUUGUUAUCUAAAAUUAGAAUUUGCUAAGGUAUCACACUUGACUGUAUUAAAUAACAAUGUGUAUACUUGGGAUUAUGAAACUUCACCAUUAUUAGAUUAUUUCAAUGGUAAUCCAACAAUAUCUAAACGACUUACCAAUAAAUCAUCUUCCAAUUUGGAUAUUAAAAAAAAAUCCAUGAGUGAUGAAUGGAAUAUUAUACAAUUAAAGUCUUCUGAUGAAUUAGAUAUUACCACAUUUCAGGAUUUGUCGAAGGAUGUAAUGGAUUGCUCAACUUUGGUGUUAACAACUCCAACUAUGCUAUACGAAAGUUUUGAAAAAGAAAUGAAUGGAGAUGUACAAAUAAAUCAAUCUAACUGUGGUUUAGAAAAUACAGCAAUAUCAGUUAAACAAAAGUUGUUUCUAUUAUACAUUUAUGGUCUUGAUCCAAGUAAAAGCAAUUGUGAUCAUGUAUACAGAAUGAUUUCUUUGUAUGCUUAUGUAGCUAGAGUAAGAUAUUUUCAGUCAAAAUUAGAUUGUGCUUUGGUGGAAAUUGGAAGUAUUCAAAAUAUAGAUUCCUUUGCUUUACUUCAAAAUAUCAAAUUAUCACAUGGAAAAUAUUUAUCAUUUCAGUUUUCAAAAAAUUAUCGGAUAAUUGAGAAAAAAGAUACAUUAUGUUUUAAGCUAUCAGAUGGGUCACCUUCAUUUGUUGAUUACACAAACAGGAUAAAUCAUAAUUUUUUUUCAUCUUCAUUUCCAUCAAAGGUAGUUGAAUUUAACAAUGCACCCCUUGAUUUAAAAAUUGAUACUUUAAUUCAAUUAUUAAAAAAAUAUUUAGGCCAGAAUAAAAAAUUCAAGAUAAAAUUGGGGACACUAAAAAGUACUGAGCCAAAAAAACAAAUAAGUACUAAAGGAUUAAUUAUUUUUGAAGAAAUAGCUGAUGCUAUAGAAGCUAUAAUGAACAUAAACUAUUGUACUCUGUGCAUAAAAGAUACCAAUUGCAAGUAUACAUUAAAAUUGACAUUUUCUUUUGAAGAGGAGUGAUAACGAUGAAGUAUUAAAAUUUAUUAAUUUAAGAUACAAGAAGAUAUAAUAUAUGUGUUUUAUUAUUAUAUUAUGUUACUAAAAAAAAUAUUAUUGUAAAGUAAUUGUAAGCUACCUAAAUUUAUUACAAAUCAAGAAACAAAAACUUAAGUUUAAUAAUGAAUGUCCUAAAGAAAUAGUUUAAUAAUUUAUUAUAAAUGUCGCAAAACAUUUAAAGUAUUAAAUUUAAAUGUUAAAAUUUUUGUUAGUUUGUAAAUAGUGUACUAAAAAAACAAAAAAAAAGUAAUAAACUUAAGAGUAAAAUAAUUUGUAC